AUGAGAUCUCUGGCGACAACACUGAUAGUCAUAAGUUCAAUAUGUCUUCUGAAACAAGUCUCUUCUGAAAUUGAUGAGAAACAAGUAGUAGCUGACGAGAAUAGUCUUUCGGAUGAAACAAAGGCUCUAUCACAUCAUCAUCACCACCAUCGGAUUCGGCAUGGGAAAGUUCAUCGGAAAAGACAACCAGUGUGUGUUAAUGGAAAACCAGUGGAAGGUGUUUGCGAAUGUGAACUGGACUUUGUUGGAAAACAUUGCGAGAAGAAGAAAAACUGUCAGUCUUACCGGCGGUAUAAGAAUGGAUCAUGCCCUGAAUGCUUGAAAGGCUACAAAGGAGAAUUCUGUGAAGAGAUCAUCUGUUACAACGGAACUCCUGAUACUCAUCUCACUGAAUGCAAUUGUGAUGAUCCAUACUCUGGGAAACACUGCGACGAAUUGGAAACUAAGAAAAUUUAUAGUUACUACAACCGGAAGGUGUUCCUUCUUGGACCACUUGGUGCUAUCUCACUCAUUCCUAUGUGUGCAAUGUACAUGAUUUGCGAGUAUUUCGCAAAGAAACGACAGGUAAAAAGAGUUGGACUGAUGAUGGAAGGGCAGAAUAUCAAUGUGCAAGAUCGGCUGUUGGAGAAACUUUUAAAUAAUAUGUAA